UAGUCAACGAAAUGAACCAGUCGAAUACGCCCAAAGGCUAGGCUUUGCAUGCUGAUGAAGGAGGCUAUAUUGAUGGAUGAACGGGAAACCCAGGCCUGUUUGUACUGGAAAUGGAUCGGACUUGAUAACUUAGCCUAGGAUUCCUAGGUACGGCAGUCUAGUAGUACAGCAGGAAGUAUCGUUUGUGCUAGCGCAGAAACAGGGAAGUUGAAUAUCAAAGUUGUUCAAGUAGACCAAUAUGAUUGAUGAAGUGGACCAAAGCUUCCCCCUGCAACAGACAAAUCUAACUUUCCCCAACCGACAGAAACAUCAAAUGAUAGAAACAGAUAAACCAGUAGACUCUGACAAGCAAGCAUUCACUAUUCACUUUUGUGGAGACAAAGAAAACCAACAUGAGCAACAAAGUAAGUCAGCAACAAGUUUACAGGAUGCCUUCAAGCAGUUCCGUAAGAUUAGACAGAAAGAAAUUAGAGCAAACCUGCUGUUAAAAGAAAAGACUUUGCUGGCAAAGAAAGAUCUCAAGUCCAUGCAAGAGCUAAGAAUGAAGUUCCUAGAUCAAGCAAAGAAAUACUUUGGUGUUCCAUAUGCAAAAAAAUACCACCCCCCUGGAUCUGAAAUGCAUAGUGCACCAUUAUUUCUAGACUGCUGUGGUUUGACUCGCCGUGUACUUCGUGAUCUAAAGGAGGAAUUUGGCUUCAACAUUGGACCAUGGAACCAAGCGUACCAGUAUGACACAUUGCCAAAUACUAUUACUAAAGAAGAAAUGUUACCAGGCGAUCUAGUCUUUAUAACAGGCACAUAUUUCAACAAAAAGUCAAAAGCUCAGAAGCAUGAUAUGGUUCAUGUGGAGAUCUGGCUCGGUGAAGGUGAGCAGACUAUCGGUGCACGUUGGCAGAAGGGCGUAGUACAAGUCUUUGAUUCCUACAAGUUUGUGUCCAAAAGCUACUACAACAUGCAGUAUCAUUUCAAGUCCAUUGACAUGUGGCUGCAAGGUAUUUGCAAGAGCUAUUGUUCAGAGCAUGCUUGGACACUGACAAAGUAUACCCCAGGAGUUAAGUCUAUCUUUUCCAUUGCUGAUGAACAACCAGAUCAAGGAGCCAGUGACUGUGAAGAUGAAGGUGAUCACAAUCAUCAAGAGCAAAUACAAGAUUUCAAGCCAAACAGGAAAGAUGUUGACAACAAACUUGUACAGCAUCAAAAUGCAGACAGCACACCUGUACAGUGUCAGAAUGCAGACAGUACAGGUGCAGACAACACACUUGUACAGCAUCAAGGUGAAGACAGCACACCUGUAAAUCAUCAGUGUGCAGACAAAACACCACCUGUAAACCAUCAAUGUACAGACAAGUGCAACACAAUUGACUGUUAUGAAUAUAGUGAACUUAUAAGCAUACAGAACACCUCACUAAAUGCACAACAACAUAGAAAACAACACUGCCACAGCAAACAAGUUAGAGGUGAAAUAGAUGGCAUUGAUGCUCCUGCUGAUGGUGACACUGAGAAGAAAUGUGAUGGCUCAUUAGAUGAUAAAGAAACAAAUUCAACCGAUGGAAAAUUGAAUACCAAAAAAUCUAGUGGGGAUAAUGGUAAAGCUGGUAAUAGAGGGCAGCAAACAGAUAAAUCUAGAUCAAAUUCUUUGGAUGUACAGUCUUCAUCAGAAAAAGUUCGUGGGCAUGGUCCAUACUUCUACAUUGGUGGAGGAAAUGGUGUAGCACUAGUAGAAGAACCAUUGCUGGCCCGGGGGUGGUGUCGUAUUUAUGAUAAACAUAGUGACAACUAUCGCCUUCGCUGGGUUGAACUAAAAUCUCAAAUCAACUAUGCAUCAUUCAAACAAGGUGACCAAAUGGUAAACAGGAUCCCUAAUGGUUACUUGUUGACAACUAAGACUGGUCUUUUCGGCAGUCUCAGGGAAUAUGAUCGUGUGCUUGAUCGAAUUUCUAAACCUAAAUCCCCCCGAUCUAUACGCAUGAAUGAUUUCUUUCCAGAAUCUUUUGUGUUGGAUAUUAAGUCAGAUAGGGAUGCAUUCUUUCAGACAUUCAAAGAUGGAGAGACAUGGAUUUGUAAGCCAAAUGGUAUGAAUCAAGGCAAAGGCAUAUAUCUUGUACGUGAUUUAACAGAUUUGAAGGCUAAGUACGGUGUUGAUGAAACAGAUCCACAAGUAGAGAAAGCUUCAAAGAGAAACCUAAGACCUUAUGCUAAUCAAAGGCUGAUUCAAAGGUACAUCGCUAAUCCUCUGCUGUUGGACGGCAAGAAGUUUGAUGUAAGGUCUUACAUGUUGAUAGCAUCCACUACACCAUUCAUUGUGUUCUUCCAUCCUGGCUAUUGCAGGUUGUCAUGUGAUAAUUAUGACCCAGACAGUCAUGACCUAGCUCGCCACCUCACCAAUCAGUAUCAACAAAAAAAGAAUCCAAGUUACCAGGAUAUAAAGGAAGACACUGUGUGGAGCAUGGAUCGCUUUAAUGAAUAUGUCAAUGGAUUAGCAAGUGAGAAGGGACUGAGUAAGGACUGGGUGCUCAACUCCUUCACUGUAAGUCUUCUUCUUAUCGAGUCACUACACAGGUUAUAUGCUUCAUUUAAUUUUUUUCAGGUCUAUGUUUUGGAAAUAAACUGUAACCCAGCACUGCACACAAACUGUGAAGUUUUAAAGCAAGUUUUACCACCAAUGAUAGAAGAGACAUUGGAUAUUGCUAUUGAAGUGUUUGGGAAGAACAGCAAGAAUAAAGCAGUGAAUCCCAUUCAAUCAGUGCGAAGGUUUAUACAGUUGUACAAUGCAGACAAUUCAAGACAUGCCACUGCAACAAGUAGACCAAAGUCAUUAAGUCCCACCAGAGCACGUCCUACACCAAUAUCACCAUUAAAGAAAAAGUCACUACAAACCAACAAGUCAACCCAACCCACCAAAACUAAAGAGAGAGCAAAAAGUACAACACCAUUAAGAGUUUGAACACGAACUGACACAUACACCAAAUAUUAUUAUUACAGUAUUUUUGUAUUAUGUUCAGUAUUACCAUAAAUACUUAUUGAUUUGUUUUAUUUAUUUCUUUUUUUGAAUAUGAACAUAAAAAAGUCGACAAGAAACAUCAUAUUCAAAUGAUAAAAUGAGAAUUGAAAGUGGAGAUUAUGGCUGUACAAUAUUUGGACCACUCAAAAUUAUAUUGCUACACAAAAUAAUUAAUAAUGAUAAUACUAUUUUUUUUUAUUUAAUUAUUAUAUGUGAUCCAAGAAAUUAUUGAAAUUUUGGAGGCUUUACAAACUGUUGUAAUUUUGAAAUGGUACCUUGGCCUUUCUGACUUAUUGCAACUUUAGUGUAAUUUAAUCGAUAAGAAUCAGUUAUUUAGUAGUCUUUAGAAAGCCCCGAGAUUAUGAAU